UUGCUGAGGAGCAAGAUGUCUGCCCUGAGGCUGAUCUCUAACAGAACCUCCCAGCAGGCCCUGUCUAACUCUGAUUACACCUGGGACUAUGAGUACUAUGAGUAUGGACCGGUGUCAUUCGAAGGCCUGAAGGCUCAUAAGUAUUCCAUUGUGAUUGGAUUUUGGGUUGGUCUUGCAGUUUUUGUCAUCUUCAUGUUUUUUGUCCUGACUCUGCUGACGAAGACAGGAGCACCACAUCAAGAAAAUGCAGAACUUUCUGAAAAAAGAUUUCGUAUGAACAGCUUUGUGGCGGAUUUUGGAAGACCUUUGGAGUCUGAGAGGGUCUUUUCUCACCAAAUGGCUGAAGAAUCCCAGUCACUUUUCCAUUUCUGCAUUAAUGAAGUGGACCAUAUGAACAAAGAAAAAGAGAGACAGAAAGGUCCAAGUCUGGAGAGUAAAACCCACUUCCAGGAGGUUCCCAAAAGCAAUGGAAUGUUUGAGGAAGACCUACAUUGUCUUGCAAAAUUUAACAUUCCUAACUUUGUGAACACUGAGCAGAACUCUUCAUUAGGUGAGGAUGAUCUCCUCAUCUCAGAGCCACCAAUCAUUUUAUAAAGCAAACUAAAGGUUAUGCAAUCUUCU